AUGAAUAGAGAAGCAUUGAAAUUAAAAAUUCCUGAUAUGAGAUUCAAUCAUAUCUUUAGUAUGUCAUUACAAAAAGAAAUGAAAAAACAAAAUAAAGAGAGAGUUAACACUUACGUGUUAGGUAAAGUUAUUUUUAAGGAUAUUAUAAUUAUUCCAUUUCUACAAAGCUUCUUAUGGACAAGUACUUUAAUAAUACUCAGGGGUCCAUUGAAAAAUUUUUUUAGAAAUGUCAGAGUACUAUUUUUUCCAUCUAGAAGAAGGUCUGUAUUAUAA